AUGGCGUCGCUGUCCUCGGUCAUGACGGCGGCGACGAUCGCGCAGAUGUGCCCCUCACGCUCUGAUGCGGCCCAGGGGCGGCGGAGCAGCGUGGCUGCCCAGAGCCGGGGCUUCCUCCUGCACCGUGGGGCGGUCGGCGAAUUCGCGUGCAACCGCCGGCGCUUAUACCUAGGCCAUCAGCGGUAAUUAUCUCUCCGAAAAGAUGAAAAAAGAACCGAAUUACCGUUGGAUUCAUUCUUUGACGCUGGCUUGUCAUUAUCUUUGUUUAUGACGUGAUUUCUGUGCGAGGGGGGGAGGGGGGGGAGCCCUAUUGAUGCGUAAAAAAUUGUCUGAAACUGUUUCUUACCGUGUAAACAAUUGAUACGUGAAGAAAUCAUCGCGUUCUCUGGACCUGUGCCGUCGUUCACGCAUAUAGCAGUGGAGCUGCGUGUUUUUAUUUACGUUUUGGGUUUAUAGUUCGGACAUAGAAAUCGAUUGGAAAGCCCAUUUAUAAGCCUUUUUUUCCCAGCUCCUGUUGGUUCCCUGACAGUCAAUCGCCUAUUUUGAGAUUUAGUGAAAAAUUUAACUGGGUUUUGACUUGGACUGUUUCUUAUACAUGGAGUCAUGUUGGCUGCUAUCAUUAGGAUUGCUGAAUGUGUGUUAUUUUUUCCUUCUACAAAGCAUUGAAGACCGUCUUUUCAUUUUAUUAUUUAUUAUUUGGCUUUGGUAACUUGAAUGAACAUUUUUAUUUCAUUGACGAUUGCAUGGAUGAAAAUGUACUUACCGUUGUUUCUUCUUUUACAUUGUUUGCGGAUGAAGGAUGCCCCAUGAUGGAAAAUUAAAAUCUUGGGAUCGGGAUAGAUUUCCUGUCAAGUGGAGAAAGCAGUCGCAUGUUUAUGGUGGAUACCCUGUUCUGCCCCCUACCUCGGAACUACGUGGAUGUACCUCCUGUUUCAGGGCUCGUCGUAUGCACCAGCAUCUUUUUAAGGGUUAUUCACAGAGGAUGUUUCUGAACAAGUCGUCAUUUCCACUGCAGAAGCAAUUUUUCAGCGGCAUGAAUGUAUGUUCAAAAGAGUAGUUUCAAUUAGAUGUUGCUUUCUCCAAGAUAGGCCAUGGAUAAUCUUCUAUUGUCGCUUAAUGUUUCUGCCAUCCUACUUAUUGAAAAAAUAUGUGAAAUAUUCUGUUCAUUUACAUGAUUGAUCGACGCUACCUUUCAUCUCUCUACAUGCGUGCUUAUUGAAUGUUAAAAUGACAAGUAUUUUGAGGGAGAGGCAAUGCCAAUGAUAGAAACAAGGCUGUGAUCAAAUUUUGCCUUAUUUUAGGUAUUGUGAUCCUCUUAGCAGACAUAAUAGGCAGCAGGAAAAGGAUAACCAGCUUAAGGAUAAGACUUUUAAGGCAGGAAAAUGAGUUAAAAAUGGUAAAUUCCUUCACGUUCCAGGUGCAGUUGAAUCUGGGAAAUAAGUCAUUUCUCCUGUCAGUUGCCAAUUCACUCUCAUCGAUCCCUAUCUAGAGGCCAAUUCUUUGAUGUUUACUACGCUUUUAAAUCUCUUUAUACUUUGAUGAUGAAGGCUUAUGCUUCGUGCCAAACCAUCUCUAUAGUCUCUCGUUUUGUCUUUGAAGGGGGGAAACAUUAUGUUUCUUUUAAUAUUUUCGCUUUUUUUGGUUGCUACAUAUCUCGCUCCUGCUAUUGUCUGCUUUUUUAUAUAUGCCUCUUAACCGCCAAAUACUGUCUUUUGCAACAUUGCUGGUUUCCACACUGUCUUGUAGACCUUUCUAUUAAGUUAACAUUUUCUAGACUAUUUUAAUUCUAUUAAUAACUCUGAAUUUUUUUUCCAUCCUUGAUGAAAACUCAACUGCGAAAUGUUUAAGUUGUAUGGAUCCCAUGCCAUUAAUCGUUGAAUCCUUUGUGAUUCACACUGUUAUCUUCAAACUCUAAUCUUAUGUAUUAUGUUUCACUCCAGUUGUAUAGGACACCUUGCUUUCAAGUGAUUCUCUCAUUGUGACUUGCUUAGUUUUGCUCUGUCCUAGGCGUUGUCCAUCAAUACUAAAUCCCCUGUAUGAGAAAACAAGAGUAAUAGAAAAGUUCAUAGUUCCUUUUUGUCACUUUUGGUUUCCCUUGAAAUUCCACAUAACUGGUCUCCAUACCUGUAUAACAAGGUCAGCACUAACUGUUAAAACGCUCGACAGUCCAUCCAUCUUUUUUAUCUAACACACUUCGGGUGUAGAUGGUAGAUAUAAGAUAGAACUAUUGAGAUUCCAAUGUUGCAGUGGCUAUGGUUCACUUGGCUGUGAAUGCUGAUCUGUAUUCAAUUGGAACCUAAGGUAUGCAUUCAAAUAAUUCUGUUACUGAAAUGGUGGGGAUUGACUUGUAGAUGCCCAUCCCUCCUUGGUGUUAACUCGAAAAUAUCCAAUUUUCAUGUCUCUAUCUGUUCUAUAUACAUGAUCUAUUUUCACAAAAUUUGUCGAUUCUAUAUUGAAAAUUUUUAUGCAGUGAGUCAGCAUAUAAUGAUUCUAAUUUGAUGACUUUUGGUGAAAAUUUAUUUUCCCCAGGUUGGCCCAGCUCCCAUUCCUCGUGCAACUAUUGGCCCUGAGGAACCUCAUGCUGCAAAUAUGACGUGGCCAGACACGAUAGUAGAUAAAGAUGUUGCCUGGGAUCCUGAAGUCGAAACAAGUGAUCUGGAAGGCUUUUUAAGUUCUACACUUCCAUCUCACCCAAAGCUACACCGCGGGCAACUGAAAAAUGGACUUCGAUAUCUUAUUUUGCCAAACAAGGUUCCUGCUGAUAGGUAAGGCAAAAAUAUUUAGGUUAUCAUGUAAGGGAAACGAGCAUAUUUUUUUAUCAAGUCCUCAACUGUUCAGAUGAGUAAUUAUCUAUAUUUUUUCCAAGGAUUGCAUUUUGUACAUCUAUUUGCUAUUAAUAGUUUGUCUACUAAUAAAAUGUUUAUUAUAUAACUUAAAUUAUGUCCUCAUAAAAGAACUAAUAUGUAUGCUUAUAUUUUUUAGGGAACUAUAAAACUGCUGAUUAAUACAGAUAUUAUUUAGGCAAUCCUAACUGUCCUCCUAAAUGAUAUAGGAGCAUGUUUGAGUUUAGUGGGGCUAAUAGUGGGAUGAACUUGGGUCUAAUUAUUUAUUCGUCUAGUCUUUAGGAAGUCAUGUGAUUAGCAUAUGACCUUUGACAUUAAUUCAGGUCCAGAUUGAAUAUUUUUAGGAUACUUGUGUCACAAUUCUUAGGGUUUGCACGGCUGUAUUUUUGAACUCUAUUGUAGGCUGCUGGAGGCUGUCUUUUGUUACUCUUUGCGUAUGUAUUAAGAAUCCGGUUCUAUACCCCUGUUCUUCUUUUGUGUCACAUCAUUUGCUAUUAUCCUUUAUUCACUGUUGUUUUCGCACCUUUCCUCUCAAGCCUUCUCUCCCUUGCCACAUCACUAAAGCAAUUGUGGUCCUGGCGAUUAUUUAAGAUCGGUCAAAUUCUACAAUAUUUUUGCUUCAGUAAAUAUAGGAGUUGCUUAAUUGAAAGGGUAGAUGACCUUCAGUGACGAUCCGAGUGAACAAAAAUAUAACAGAACAAUGUCUGCAAAAGCAUCAAUGACAUGGCCCAUAGGAAUGUAAAAUAGCAGUACAAAAAAUCUUUCUGCAAAAUCGAAAAGUAAGAAAGGAAGACAAUACUACUCGUACAAAUGUAAAGAACCUACCAGAAAAAAGAGUUACCAAAAGAAUGAGAACCCUAUUCAGACAUGAUGCUAAAUCUGAGGUUGCUGUCAGUUUCUAUUUAGGGACUCAAGUUUCCUCAACAUCAUGGAUUCAUCCUGCGCUUUUGUAUGCUUUCACAAACGUGGUUCACAAGUUCCUAUUGGCGGCCUUGAUGCUGUCUCAUUCUGGUAACAAGGGCCUUUUACAAGAAUUGUCCUACAGGAUGAUGUAUGUGCACGUCUAGGAUCUCACUUCUGUUUCCAAUGUGUUUAUCAGAUCAUUUAUCUGGCAUUGUAAUAAUAUGAUGUCCACAGUCAGGUCAGUAUGACUUACCAAGUGAGUUUAUGGAAUUGAGGACCUGAAAAAAUAGUAACCCGCAGAGUACAUUGUAAUUGUGGGUUGGUUAGAGAGUUCUGAUCGGAGCUCCUGCUUGCAUGGGCUUAAUGAAUGUCUUCUACAAGAAGGCCUUGGUAGAAAGCUCUUCUGCAGAGCCCAUUGAGUAUUACGAGUGAUAUUGGAGUAAGAUGCAGCCAUCUGAAGCCCAUAUGUUAAAGAUGAUUUUAUAGAAAUGUAUCAAAUAAGAUUCACAAUUUUGAAACUAAAUUUGCAGCACGCAUAAUAGACUUUGACGAUGUAUAGUCCUAACUUUUAAGGAAACAAUGAAGGUCCAACGUUUUGCUAUUAAAUGCCUGUGUGGCCAUAUUUCUGUACCCAGGUAAUACUUAAAUCGCACAAAUGAAUUCUCACAAAAAUCUCCUUAAAUAUAAGUAAUAGCUCUCAGAAAGGAAAUUCAUGUUAGACUGCUAUUGUGGAAUGCCAUGCUAGACUCCUUUCCCUUUCUGGAAUGUUAUUUGAGUUCCAUUUUUUUGCUAGGAGACAAUGGAAGGGAUGAUAAUCUCAACAGGAAAGGGAUUCCGACCGAACAAUACUAAAAAGGUGAAAAAAAGGCGUCCAGUUGAGGGAUAGAGAUUCCAGCUAAAUUCAGGAAGUAGGAGAGAGAUGAUCAAUUCUCAAAAUAGUUGCGAAUGACCGAUUUUGGUGGUGUUUCCAACUUCACAUAUUGCCAUUUACACUUGACUGAGUGCAAAUGUGCUUAUUUGACUGGCCAAACAAGGCCUGUUUUUCAGCUGCACAAAUAGCUGGUUAUGUUAGUUUGAAUGGAUGCCUGACACACACCCAGGUGGGCUUGGUGACUCCAUGCUGAGUUCAUAAGCUAAGUUUCCUAAGCGCACACCUUUAGGUUGCUCGUUUUGGUAGGUUGGAUGCCUGGAUGUCUGGGAUUCCUUGUUGCCUAGGUAAAACCUUGUCAGCAAUGCACCAAUAGUAAACCCAUGUCUAUGCAUAAGUUCUCUGAAGACUGAUCAACCCUGGUGAGUGCUCUGCUAAUCAAGGUUGUGACAAUCUCCUUAAAAUUCAUGCUGCCAGUGAAGACUGCGACAAUCCAUUUUACUUUAUCUCAUAAUAUUAUAGCUUCUUUUAUUAAAAUGUGGGUUACGAGUAUUAUCUGCUACCACUUUUUUCAAAUUGCAGCGGCCUGGGAUUAUCUGUCUGCAAAAAAGUUAAUUCUUUCAGGAUAACUCAUUUUUGUUGCAAGGAGUUAACAAUUUCUGUUGCACAUUGCAUUGAAAAUACAUUCUUAAAAUUAUUAGACAAUUGUCAACCGAGAUAGAAUUUCAAGUGUUUCUGUAAUGUCUCUACAUAAUUGACUUUUAGGCUUCCAGCCUUAUACCUACAUGUAUCCAUUCACUCAUUGAUGCAUAGGUUUUGCAAACGAUUGUCACUCCGAAUCUUUUUUUCUGAGUAUUAUAAAUGUCUGAAAACCUUGGAUUCUGAAAAUAUAUUUCUAUUACUCUAAUCGGUUAGAGAUUCCCAAGCAUUCUAUUUUAUCAUACUGGUCACAUUUCUCUUUUAAGUGAAUGAAUAUCCGCCUAAUAUCUGUACCUGUUGAGAUGGCUCCCUUCACUUUGCUCUUCUCAUGGUUACAACUUGGUCACACCCCAUAGAUUGAUGAAACAUAUAAUCUGCUCCUGGCAAUGUCCCAGUGGGAUGAUUUUCUUCUCUUUAUCACCACAGAUCUUAUCACUUGGUUCAUGUUGUUUUCCAUGGUUUUAUACUGCUAUUUUCCAUUCUGCUGAUCUGAGUGGAUGUGCCAGAUUUGGGGAAACGUGUUGUUAAGUUGUUGUCAAGUAUUCCAGAAAUUCCAUGGUGUCUUACUGAAUUCUGAGAAAAGUGUAAAGUUUUUUGAUAAUCGUAUUGAGUAAUUGAUGUAAAACAUUGUGGAGACUGGCCUUCCCACGGAUAUUGGUUGAAUGCUAUUUUUGACUUCUGACAUUUUUCAUACCGUCUUAUAGAUUUGAAGCUCAUAUGGAAGUUCACGUUGGAUCGAUUGAUGAGGAGGAAGAUGAGCAAGGAAUUGCUCAUAUGAUUGAGCAUGUUGCAUUCCUUGGAAGUAAGAAACGUGAGAAACUUCUUGGCACAGGGGCGAGGUCCAAUGCGUACACAGAUUUUCACCAUACUGUGUUUCAUAUCCACUCUCCUACUAGUGCAAAGGUAUUCCAAAUCUCAAAUGGUAUUUUAAUCAUUGACAUGCUUUAGAAAUUUUAAUGUAUUUAUUUAAUGGUAAUUACUUCUGCUGGAAUCUUUCCUCACAUGUUUAAUGUUGAAACAUUAGAUGCCAUUUUUUGGCUUGCUUUUGAUUAGAUAUCAGAGUUGAUCAAUAACUGGAGAAUUACUGGCUAGUAAUUUCUCCUGAACAGUAAGAGUCAGAUCCUGGUUUGAUUGGGUUAGUUCCUAGUUGAAAUCAGAUCCCAUCUACAAAGUUGCCUGAUUUAAGGGGAAAAUAAUUAAUCAGCUAACAUUGCAACAAAAAAGAUGAGGAUAACUGGAGAAUUCAAGUUUAUAUUUCCAGUUUUUUGAUAAGUUUCUAAAAUGAUAAUUGCACUGUAAAAUUACUGGCUGGUAAUUUCUCCUGAUCUAUCCUGUCCUAUCUUCAGGGUACAAAUUCUGGACUCACACAUUGUCCUUGGUCGAACUUCUUGAGUCAGAUCAGUUGACAAAUACCAUGACUGAAAGCAUUGUUUCGAGCUUAUUAAAAAUUUCUGUUUCUAAUAUGAUCGAAAAGUUUUUGAGGUUGAAAGAUGCUCUCUUAUCACUUUACACAAGCUCUGCAGUGGGCCGAAUUCGUUCUCAUGUUCUUCUUAAGCAUAGGUAAAGUGGGUGUCUAGUCAAGUUGAAGGCUGGCUUGAUCAUUUCUAUGUAUUUUUUGGUAUUAUCUAGAGGAGUAAAAGUCAACUCAUGAAUGUUAUCAUUCCUAUCAAUCAUUAGCAUUUUCGCACUCAUGAGCCAGGGGGACAGAGCUGAUUUGCAUAAAGGUAUUACGUGGUUGAUAAUUGGCAGAGAUCAUGUUAUACCCACUUGAUUUCAUCUUUUUUCACCGAUCCAUUGUUUCUUCAAAGGAUUGGCUUACUCUAUGUGCUAUCAGAUGCAAAAUCCUGUAGAAGGUUGACGUGAUGAUGGUGGGGAUAGCAGUGUUGGCUUUGGAUGACAAUAUCUGGAGUAACAGGAGGCUGAUUGGAACUCUUUCGCCUGCCACUCGUAACUCCUAGGGGUUAGUAGUGAAAUGAUAAGGCUCCAACUUCCAAAUGGAAAUUGGGGCUUAUUGAAUAUUUUAAAAAAUAAGAAUAAUGUUUGAAGCAGAUAAGAUAGAGGAAGAGAAGGAAGAGAUAAGAUGGAAUCGGAUACAACUGCCUCAGAUCUAGGAUAGCAGUAGGCCCCUGCCUGACUGCCCAGGAACUUGAAUCAAUUUCUCUAAAGGUGGCCUCUUUCUCUUCCUUUUCGUUAUUUAUACCCUUCUUUAUUCGGAGGUAGUCCCUGCACAUUCUUUAAGAAGUUUCUAUGAUUCCUCUAGUCUAUUAGGAGCUCCCUAGAAUCUCGCCUUGACUUAUUCUCCAGCUGGACUGAGAUCUUACUCCUAAAAUAAGUUCGUAGAGGCUUAUCAGGAAACAUAUUCUAUCCUAUCUCUUCUAUUUGUUAGCGAAUAGGAGGGUGAGACUAAGGUGCUCGCAGCAGUUAGCGCAUCAUCAGUGCAUUCCCUUUUGGUUACUCUCUAGUGGUGGUGAAUAUGUGCCCAAUGAAGCGUGUCCUUGCCAUGUGGACAAUGGACAGAAUUUUUUUUAUGCUUCUUACUGAUAUACAAAUAAUGACAACUCUGCUCUAUCUUUUCUAGCAUUGGAGCGUUACACUUGAUCCCAUCACUGUAUGUCCCUUUGGCUAAUAGGCAUGAACCCACUCUGGGGACAAAAACUGAAGCCUGAAGGAAAUGCAAAGGGUAAACUUAGAGGUGCCUUGAAGCAGGUGGGAGCAGGUUUUGUGCCAGUUGAGAUGCCUGUAAAACCUAAUUCAUGAUUGGUUCAAAUGAAACAUUCUAGGUUCAAAUAACAAUAUGUUAUCACUGUCUACUUGACGAAUCAUUAACUUACAAAGAAGUUUUUGUAUGCAUACUUGUAUAGUUCAGAGAGAAAUAUAAGUUUCUGGUAGGUUUAUCUGCUCUUGAUUCUGGUAUCGCAGUGUCCAAAUCCGUUUUUUAUUCUGAUUUCACAAUAUAAUCAAUUUCCACAUGACAAUUGAACGGGCAACCAGACAUAAGCAGCACAAUUUCACAUUUUCCUUGACCCAGUUGUUUGUUUUUAAAAAAAUCGAAGGUGAUUGGACCUGCUUGCAACAGAUAAACCCUAUGCACGCACUGCUGAUUAGCCUGAAAGUUAACUCUAUGCAUACUAUUUAAUUGUGUACAUUUUAUUUCGUCUUGUCGUAUCCUGGUAAAAUUUUAUGGGUCAUGACGAUUAUUCAUCAUUAAUUUCGAUUUUAGUUUUUUUAAUGUUAUGCCUUUUGUGAUGAACCUUUCACUAAUUUGAUACGGAUAUUCUAUUAGGAUUCUGAGGGAGAUCUUCUUUUGUCCGUCCUUGAUGCAUUAAAUGAGGUACUUCAUGCAACUCUCUUUUCUAUGUUUAUGUUCCUUCAUGUGAUCUGAAUAUUGUGCGUUGAUAGUGCCAAAGUUUACUAAUGAAUGUCCUUCAAUUUUUAGCAUGUGAUGUUUUGUUCUUUCUCAAAAAAGAAGGCUAAUUUCCACACAGUUAGGAAUGAAGUUCAAACUACUGAAUAUUAGAGUGAGUACUUACAUCCUACACGUUCUUAGUUCUAAAAAAGGGGGAACCGUAGAAUCAGCUAAAAAAUUAUAACAUAGUAUGAUAUCAAUGGGUCAAAUCGAUGAUCAAUCUAGACAGAGACAACUAACUUUGUUUAGGUAUUUUAUUAUAUUUACUAAAAUGUCACAAAUAUAAAAGCAUGACAGAUUUUUAUUCAAAUUCUAUCCUUUAACCCUCAGGCCCCAACGUUUGUGCCUGAUCCUCUUUAUUUGAAGGCUUUGGGCUUAGGAUUUUAUGAGCAUCAUGACAGUGGUGAAAUGGUUGGGUUAGGGAAAAGCAGAUGCAGCUGGGAUGGAGGUUGUGUGUGAUAAGGACAGAGGAGCAGGAUAUAGAAGCCAGUGGCAGCAGUAACUGUAUCAAAAACAUUGACAGUAAAUGGCAGUGGUAGCAGUGUCUUUCUUUCUUCUUCUUUUGCAGUUUUUUUACUCUCCCCAUUUUUUGCUCCUUUGUUUUUACGUAUCAUCAUAAAACGUCUGUUGAGUUGCCAAUUCUGUAUAUUUUUAUAAAUUCGGGUGAUUCAAGGAUUGAAUCCCCAUUUGAAAUGGGAUCAUCCAUAGCGGAUUCCGAUAUGAUCGGGUCAGUCUAAGUUAGAAGCUAAUUUUUUAACCAUCUCUAAUUCCCGCUACUGAAUAUUCUAUUUUGUUUGUAUUGUUAAGCCACCCAAAAAGAAGACUGAUGUUGGUGGACCACAAAAGGAUCUAUAAUAUCUGGAUGUGAUUCUGAUACUUCUGUUUAAAAUGGAGAAAAAACCUCAUCACGAAGGACAGAGGGGAGAACGGCGGAAACUGCCUCAAUUACAUGCAAUGAUUACACCCCUUAAUAUAGGGAGAAAAUCUAGAAACGUUUCCAAAAACACCCUCAACUAAUUACACUAUUUCCCUACGACUUAGAACUUCCAACAACUUCUCCGAUAGGUUUCUCUCUAGUGCAAAGACUGUUGACUGGUACCAGCAUCUGAUUGAAUUGUUUUUGUGGUCGACCUGAAUGAUUGUUUGAUUGACUACUCCCUUAUGGUAACAAGGCCCAGUUAUGUGAAAAUAAGACCGAAAAAGUUGAAAUAAAAAUCAAGCAAGGGAAUGCCUCAAUUGGGUUGGAAAUUUCCACGGCUUAUAAAUAGCAUCAUUUUUCAUGGGACUCUCUUAGUUUUGACUGUUAUUGAUCAGAUUAAAGGUUGAUGAUGAAACAGUUGAGCAAAUCAUUGUCAAAUUUGGGAAUAUCAAAAAGAGUCUCCUUAGAAUGAGAGGCAAUCGUUCGAAUUGUUAUGGCCUCUAGCAGAUGGUUCGAAAUUGAUUCUAAAAGAUUUUACCAAGUAGUGCUGAUUUCUCCCUUUUUAGAAGGGCUCCAGUGGCUACAUUUAUGUUAAGUCUGGUCGCUUGGCGUGGGAGAAGGAUAAGACCCUUGAAAUCUUAAAGGGUUAAAGUAUAAUAUAUAGAAAGGCCUUUUUCAAGGAAAUCAUUUUGCAAAUACCUGUGAACGGUCAUAAGACAUUCCUGCACUUAGCCGACCUUCUCCUGGAAGCCUAUCAAAAAGCAAGGAAGGAUAGUGUCACAUGACAAUGUUAGACAACUUGCACUGGCUUCAAUAAUCUUAGGAGCACUAGUUACUAUGUCCCAAACAAAAGUCAAAGGACCUCUAGCUCAUUUUUCUAUUAUGUUUAUCACUGAUCUCUAUGCUUGGGCCUGGGGAUUUGGUCUGUUUUGUUUGAACUCUAGUUUUGUCAGACCUAGGUCAAAAUGGAAUAGACCUUUUCUAUUUUAAAAAAUGAAGCGUAUUCAAUGCAAAUGCAAGCUCUAAAUAUUUUAGGUCAUGUGAAUUUUCAUUUAUGCCUCAGUAUUUUCAAGGUAAUGUAAUUGACGAAUCCUAUCUAGCCUUUACUCAUCUCUGGUAUUUUAAACGAAGCACUGCCUUUUAUUACAUUUUUUAUGACUAAGAUUUAAUCUUGUUCACUGCAUUGAGUUGAUGUCCAAAACACAGAAGAUCGGAAACACAUAAUGUAGUGGAACUUUUGCAAAAAGUUAAGAUUUAACAUACAUGGGUGGAUCAAGUUAACGCUUCUCAGAAAAUGAAGAAUCUGAUUUAGUUAUUGUUCAUCUAAUUGCUGCAACAGUCCUCCCAACACACUAGAAAUGGUGUAUCUCACUGAAUGAAGAAAGGAGAAGGAGGUCAAGUAGGAUGCUGGACUAGUAGUAUUCAGGAGUAGAGUCUUGUAGUCUUCACUGACGAGAACAACCUGAUCUGAAGAUCCUAAAAGUGAACCAUGGGUCUUUGUCAGUCUGAAACUCUGCCAACGAUAAUGCUAUUCGUAUGGUGGAGCAUAGUGACCAUGAUCCAUUCAGAUCACCUGCGGGUCUGGAGGUCAGUAGUAAAGGAGAUCUGAUAAAAUCUUUUGUGACCCUGGAGCCAGGGAUAAAGAGGAUCCAGUGGGACUUUUUAUGGGCCUUAGGCUCUGGGUUUAAAAGAUCUGAGCCCACUGGUUUUGAGUGUACGUAGUUCAGUGGAAUAAAACUUUGAUGAGUCCCAUCCUAGAAACGUCUGAACGGUCUUCGUCCCAUUACAAACGUCCCUCUUCUUAAAAAAAUGUUGAAUGUGUUUCAUUCUACUAAUUUACUGGCCUGCCUCAUCCUAGAAAGUUUUUGACUGUACAUAUCCCAUGCAUUCAAGUAAACUUCAUUUUAGAAACUUGUCAAAUAGGAUUAUCUCAUGAAUUUUAAGUGGACUUUAUUGUUGUAACUCAUCAAAUGCACUGUCAUAUGAACUCUUGAACAAGCUUCAUGUCAAAAACUUGUGUGGAAUGUGCUUUUUGUUGUAGAAUGUUAAACGGGAAUUCAUUCCGUGCACUCAUUACAUUUGUUUCAUCCUAUGAAUUCAAAAUUAUCUGAUGAACUUCUAAGUUUUACGUGAUUCAUUAUGAAUAAGUUAAUUAUUUUGUGACAUGAAUUUUUCACAGUAAUUGAAGGGUGUUCUUAUAUCCAAAGAUGUAAUUAAUAUUGAUGCUGCUAUCAAUGGAUAAGAUGCACCCAACGCCCACUAAUGGGGUCAAUAUGCAAACAGUUUAUCUCAGGUCUAUGAAAAGACAAAGAUGAUAGUUUUUUUUGCUUGAAAUCAAGUAUGUAAAACUCAUAUGACAACACGCAAUUCAAGUUAUCUGGAGCCUCUUGCCAUUUGCUUUCAAUAUCUCUAUUGAGAUUCCAACCUUUGAUAGAAUGACUCUCCCCAUGGCUUGAAACAGACAGUUUUUGUUGAUGAAGAGCAAAUAGCUAAUACUAUCGUUUAUGGACAGAUGUAUAAUUUAAUUAACUUCUAUAUAUGCGCAUACACUCUUUCUUUUGAUGGACUCUGGUGGAAAAUGUGGGUAUUUAGUUAUCAUCUCACCCUAAACAUUAUCUUUGAUGAUUCAGAUAACUUUUCACCCAAAGUUUCUUGCAUCUCGAGUUGAGAAAGAAAGAAGAGCGAUCCUUUCAGAGCUCCAGAUGAUGAAUACCAUAGAAUAUCGUAUUGAUUGUCAGGCAAGGGCAUUUUUAAUUGUAAUAUUUGGCGAUUUUUUUAACAGAGACCAAAUGCUUGUGGUGCCAUCACCUUGUCCAUUGCCAGUUAUUUUCCCAAUUGACUUUUUCUUUUCAUGCUUUUUAACAGCUCCUACAACAUUUGCAUUCAGAAAAUAAAUUAAGUAAACGGUUCCCUAUAGGAUUGGAGGAUCAAAUCAAGAAGUGGGACACAGAGAAAAUUCGUAAAUUUCAUGAGCGCUGGUACUUCCCUGCAAAUUGUACUCUGUAUAUAGUAGGAGACAUUGAUAAUAUUCCUGAGACAGUACGCCACAUUGAAGUAAGUUUUUAAUUCUGAUGUUUUUACUAUUUUCUCCUUGUUGUGUUAAAUCCUUGGCAAUGAGAGCAUUAUUUGAGGCAUGGUUCCCUGUCUUCUCUGGCAUUGCUCAUUGUUUAGAGUGUAUUUGAGAAGACAACUCUGGAAAAUGAGACACCCACACCUAAAGCAAAUACUCCCAGUGCAUUUGGUGCCAUGGCAAGUUUUCUCGUUCCAAAGCUGCCAGGUGGGCUAGCUGGGAGUUUAUCCAAUGAGAAGUCUUCUAUUUCUAUGGAUCAACCAAAAGUCACAAGAAAGGAGAGGCAUGCAGUUCGUCCUCCUGUGAAACACAAGUGGUCUCUUCCAGGAUUUGGAGGUGAUGCUGAGGAUCCGCAGAUAUUCCAGCACGAGUUGAUUCAAAAUUUCUCUAUUAACAUGUUCUGCAAGGUAUUGGAAAUAAAAUCCAAAACUUCUUUCUUUUGACAUAAAUUUAGUUAUUAUCCGAAUUCAUCAGCUUUUGGGUGCAAUGAGCAGAUAUUGCUUUAACACGGAUACAUGGUUCACUUGAGAUGGUGUCAAGAAUAAUUUGAUACUCUCUGAAUGCCUUACAUUUUUUUUCUUUUGAAAUAUUUUGUGAUCAAGGAGUGAUUGGUGGACUAUGACGAAUAUGUUCUUUUGCUUUGCUACAUGUUUGAGUACUGAGAUACCAAUGAAUUGCUCAAUCAAGCAUAUGAAUGCUUACUGAUAGACUACACUAUAUCUUAAUCAGGAGGAAAAUAUAUAGCUUGUUUCAAUGGUUUUGAUCAUGUUUUUGCAAUGCAGAUUCCUGUUAACCAAGUUCAAACAUAUGGAGGCCUACGGGAUGUUUUGAUGAAGAGAAUAUUUCUGUCAGCUUUGCAUUUCCGUAUUAAUACAAGAUAUAAGGUGGGUUCCAUGAUGACUGUUUUGUCUAUGAUAUGUUUUUUAAAACAUCUAGCUGCUCUGUUUCAGGAAUGUUUUAUUGAGAGUUGCCCCUAUCAACUUUACAUUUUUAUUUUAAUGGAAGAUAUUAAGUUUAUCCACCCAACUUUGGAAGGUCUGACAAUGGGGCCCUGUUGGGGUGGGGUGGUAAUUUGGACUUGAGAUAUUAUUGAAAAUCCCGUUUCAAAAUUCUUUUACCGGUAUACUCCAAAUUUAUGCAUGUAAUUCAUAAUUCGUAGUCGGGUCGUUUUUAUUUAUUUUGACUUGGUUAUUGUUUUUUCCCUUAGACCAGCUAUUCCAGAUGUACUCAGACUGGUUAUCUGGGUGCUCGAUUUUAUUUGAAAGUCUAUGUGGUUGGUUUGACGGGGAAAUUGGGCACUUACUGAAAAAUAAAAAUAGAGACAUCUGGGGAAGCAGGUGACUGAGGCUGCUUAAAGACUGUUGAAUGAAGGCUGUAAGGUUCUUUGGGUAUCUUACCCAUUUACACCCUUAUGAUAUAUGUGCAUGACGAUUAUGUUGCCUUUUAAUGGAAAAGAUAAAAGCAGGAGUGAAUAGCUACUGGUCGUAUAUUAGAUGAUGAACAAGUUUGUUACACUAGAUAUUUUAAUUUCAUUGUUAUUUUAUUUUUGUACAUUAUCGCAGUGGUUUUUUUUUUUUGGCUUUUGAUUGUCAAAAUAUUUUAUUCCUUAUAAGAUAAAAAAUUAUUCCUCUUUAUGAUGUGUGGUCCAUUGAUUUCCAUUGAUUUGCAGAGCUCAAAUCCACCUUUCACCUCAGUCGAGUUGGAUCACAGUGAUUCUGGAAGGGAGGGAUGCACUGUAACUACUCUUACUAUUACUGCCGAACCCAAGAAUUGGCAGAAUGCCAUAAAAGUUGCUGUUCAGGAGGUUUGCCUCUUGAGCUUUUAUACCCUUUGAUGCUACCUGAUUUUUCCAUAUUUUUUUAUCUUAUAGCUAGCUAAAGAUGCUACAGAGAACAUUAUGUAUAGAGCAACACUUUUCAAUAUAAUUAAUUUUACUGAAGCUUGAUAAACUGCUUUCUUGCUUUUAGUUCUAUGGACGUGCAUUUCUUCUCUUUGUUAGUCCAUUCUGAAGAAGUACUGUGUCCUAUGCAACAAACUUGUUUAUGUAACCUCGGGAAAAAAUAUACUUUGUACAUAAUGUUUCUGUUUUGCUGGGACAUUUUGUCAACUACAGUGAAUCUUUUUAAUCUUCUGUUUUUCGGUAGUCUGAAAGGAGUUUCUGUUAUAGUCUCAAGGGGAGAAAUUAGACAUCUGACUGUAAUCUGUCUUAAUAGGUGCAUAUAAUAUUGAACUGUUUUCUACAUGCCUUAUAUCUUCGCAUGUGGGAGUAACUUCCUGUCCUUGUUGAAUUCUUUCUCCUUGGUCAUUUGUUUCUCAUUGUUUACCCUGUUCCAUACCUCUAUUCACUAUCCUGUAAUUUAUGGUAUUUUUUUACUACAUCUGCCAAUAUUCCUUAGUCUCAACUUCGAAUUGAUCGAUGCAAAUAUUUAGUAUAUCAUCUUCUUUGAUAUUAUUCAUUAUGCCUUUUCUUGUGUGCUCAACAUUUCAAUUUAUCUCAUAGUAGAUACAUUUGAGAGUCUUUCAUACCUUGAGACACUUUUCCAGGACCAUCCAUAAGGCACCCUCAUGUAGAGAUGUUACAGGGAUAUUGGUUUUUUCAUUGUCUUUUGUCCUUUCAUUUGGAAUGAUAAUGCACAAAGCACAUAAAAUGAUAAAUAAGUGGUUCUUCUAUAAGUUUUGAGUUCAAUUUAUUGCGUAACAGAAAGGUCCAUUCGCUUUGUUAUGAGAUUAAUUGCUUUGGUAUAACUACUGAGAUUUAUCUUAUGAUGCAGGUCCGUAGGCUUAAAGAGUUUGGUGUGACAAAGGGAGAAUUGGCUCGAUAUAUGGAUGCACUGUUGAAGGACAGUGAACAAUUAGCUGCAAUGAUUGACAGUGUACCCUCUGUUGAUAAUCUGGAUUUUAUCAUGGAGAGUGAUGCUCUAGGUCAUACCGUAAUGGAUCAAUGGCAGGGGCAUGAAAGUUUGGUUGCAGUUACUGAAACAGUGGCACUUGAAGAAGUAUGGCUUCCUGCUUGCUUAAAAUUUUAUUGUGGUGCAGUUUUCAGACAGGCCUUUUUUCUUUUCUCAGUUUUCCAAUGACUUUUCUGGUUUCGCUUUUGUUAACUAAUGUCUGGAACAUGGGCUGUUUUUUGUAGUGCGUUACUACUUUUCCGCUAAAGUUUUACUCUUCUAAUGUAACAUCUUAUAUGGGAUUGUACCCGUUCGAGGGAUUUUAUCUGUGCCACUUUAUUAGGAUUGAGCUUGUUCUAUUUCAGGUUAAUUCUACUGGAGCAAAGAUCCUGGAAUUCAUCUCUGAUUUUGGGAAGCCUACUGCUCCCCUUCCUGCUGCAAUUGUAGCAUGUGUUCCAAAGACCGUACACAUUGAUGGGCUGGGAGAAGCUGACUUUAAGAUAUACCCUCAUGAAAUAACUGAUGCUAUAAAGGCAGGCUUGGAGGAGCCCAUAGAAGCUGAACCAGAGGUCUCAUGUCUAGACAUUAUCUGACAGCCUCGCCCUUAUUAUUUCAUAACAUAUUUUUACUGAACUCUUUCCUUUGAAUUAUAUGGUCAGCAUUAUUCCUUUACCUUGAUUGUGAUCCUUUGUUGUCUUGAAUUUUGGGUGCCGAGUUAACAAAAAAAUAAUUUUUUUUAUUCACACUUGUAUUUCCUUGGAAUAUGUAACUAUGUUAGAGUUCAGAAAUAUCUUUAAUGUUGUAUUUCCUACCUUCAUGAAGUCACAUGCAGUGGAAAAUAGUACCACUUUUAGUAAUUAACGAUGCAGAUAAGCAGAAUUCUUCAAUACGUUAUACUUUCCAAGUGGUUUGUGCCUUGGAUUUACUCUGAUCUUAAUAUUCUUGUUUUCCCAUGGUUGAAUGUUGGUGGACGAACUUAUUUGCGAUUACAAAAGGAUUAUGUCUCUAUUGUCAAGAUUUUUCUAAUUUAUGAACAAUAUGGCCAUAUUUUGUUGGCUCAUGGAUGGAGAAGCAGCCAGUAAGUUUCAAUAAUGCUCAACAUAUGGCCUACAAUUGGUGGCCAUCCAGGCCAAAUUUGAAAAGAGGACUUUCAUUCUUCAUGAAUGGGUAUGAGUGACUACGAGGACACUUCCUCAGUAGUCAGAAGUUGUGCAUUUAAGCUCAGUGAUAUAAAUUCCAUGACAUUGAAAGGAACCUAUGCAUUUGCUCAAUUGAGUCCCAAUAUCUUGCUUGAUUGGUUAUCAGUUCGUAUUUUUAGGUCAUUCCAUUUUCGUACUCAUGAAAUAGAUGUUGAGGUGAUGAGCAAUGUUAUCUUUCUGAACUUCUUUCUGUUAAUGGCGAGGAGAUAUACAUUGAUAAAACGUACAUUGUGACGAAUGGAAUCUUUUUUACUGAUAUAUUUUGGUAAUUACGUUAACUGAUUAAUCUGCCUCUGGCAUUUUUAUCACGCCUUGGCUUUAUGUACUUUUUGAACACAAUUUCCUUGUAAUAUUUUUUUCCACGUGGGAUGGAUGAAAACUUUUUAAAUGCCUUUUGUAACUUCAUUUUAUUUUCCAAUAUUUUUCCUAUGAAUAAAUACUCAUCUACGUAUUGUCAGUUCUAUGAACAUGCAGGAUUCUCAAGAUCCCAUUUUCAUUAAAAGCAUUUAUAACGACAUAGAGGUUCCGAAAAUCAUCUUGAAAACAAUCCUCGCUAUCUUGUUUGAAGGAGAUGUGCUCUGGUUGCAUAACACAACAUGAGCAGCUUAAUUUUCUACACUGUUGCUGAUUUCAUCUGUUUCGUAUCUGUAGCUGGAGGUCCCAAAAGAAUUGAUAUCGUCAUUUCAACUGGAGGAGCUGAAGUCAAAGUGCGAACCAUCUUUCAUUUCAUUAAAUCAAGAAUUGAGUGCUACAAAAAUAUUUGAUCAAGAAACUGGCAUCACUCAGCGUCGCCUUUCAAAUGGGAUACCAGUAAACUACAAGGUAAUUCUUACUCUUUUCUUAGGCUAGGUGCUUUACUUACCAGUGUGAACGGUCGAUGGAUAAGUUCAUCUAGAGCUUUACUGGAUUUAUAGAUUGUUUUACGGUCACCCUUAACAUUCUUUGGUUUGAGAAGGGGGUUCAUGCUGUCAUCUGUUUCAGUAUAUUUGACUCUACAUUGGCUGAUCAUCUUCCCUCUUAAGUAAUGAUGAUAGCAUCCAGUCUAAAAGGAUUACUAUGGGUACAACCAAACGUACAGAUAGGGUUAAUAGAACAUGUGAACAGGAGAAUACUUUUUCUGUGAUAGAAAUUCUUAAAAGAACUUUUGCAACAAUCGUUUUGAAUGUAACUCGUUUUUAGUAGAGGGUCAGGUUGUCGUCUUAAAUUUCCAUAAAUAUAUUUUCCCUUCCGUGCAUUUUUGAAAAAGGUUUGUACCCGUUUUCCAUGUUGAAGUAGAUAUAAAUGAAGCCAUGUAUUUCUCAAAAUGGAAAAAUGUCGAGGUGAUCAUAAUGGCAAGGUUUUCCAUGUCUCUUUACCUGAUUCUAGUUUGGUAGAUCUAUUAGUGAGAAAAUUUCAUAAACUAUAAGAUUUUUUGUUGGAUUAGCUCUCUAGCACUGUUCACAUUCAAAAAAGAAAUGAAAGAUUGAAAGAAACAAAGUCAAUGUCACACAACCUACUGAUUUGUCAUUCAGUUGUGGUUUUUGUUUCAUAUGUGCUUUGGCUUAAACGUAAUCUUACUGUCUUGGUCAUACUGUUUGGUACGGUAUACACAGCUAUCUCGUUCUCACUAUCGUCCAUGACAAAAUUAGAUGGGAAGAGACAUUGAAUUUCCUGUCAUCCAGCAAACCGUGCAAAAUUUGGGUUUCACUUCAUCACGGGUUUGUGGCACAUGUGUCCUGUGGAAACAUGUUAAGUCUAGACGCGGACAUGAAAUGUUUUAGCGGACAUAGAUAUACAUAUGCCUAUUGAUAUGCAUCAUCUAAUUGCUAUUUGAAAAUAGAUUUAGUUAUACUAUGCCAAGGAUUUGUGUUCAAGAUGUUUGCUAAUGCAUGUUUAAUCGAGAUAUUUUUCACUGUAAGUCAUAAUUUUGGGAAGCAUGUUAUCACAAUUCCGGUAAUAAACACGGUGUUGCUUUGAACGGAAAAGAGUGGGGACAUUUUAUAGGUUCUAAAUGUUUUCAUGUUAACAUGCUUACGUUUUAAUAGUCACUCAGUUCGUUGUGUCAUGAUUAUUUUUAAUACAUGAUUUUGAACUAAAUUACUUAAUUUGAUUUUGCUAUCUCCGACCGAUUUGUUUCUCUUUCUUUUUCCUUUCUGGUCUCUCAUGAACAUGGUGUCAGCCUCUCUUGAAAUGAAAUAUUGUAGGACGUCUUUGUAUUUCUUUGCUAAUUCAAGUGGAUUUCAUGGGUUUAUACUUGUUACUAAUGCCUGUUGCAUGCCUACGGAUCCACAUGGCCUUUUGUGGGAUUCUUCUUUAUGUUCUUGUUUGGGGUCACUAAAUAGAGUGGUGGAUCUGUAGUCUGUUAUAAGGUGCAGCAAUGCUUUUUCUUUUUUCUUGAUAAAAAAGUUGGGAAUCACUCAGUUUGAAAUGUAAUAUCUGUAUAACUUCAAAUCUUCGUGUAUCUUUUCUUCAGUUAUCCUCUAUGGGAACUUAUAUCCUUUAAUGGACUUCAUUUUAUUUCGUAUUGGUUGAAUUUACUCAACAGUCCAAUUGUGUGCUUUUAUGUUCCAUUCUCUUUUCAGUGUACUUAAAAAUUGGCAUCAAUACAGAUCACAAAGAAUGAAGCCAAGGGUGGUGUCAUGCGGCUAAUUGUGGGCGGUGGAAGAGCAGCUGAAACCUCUGAUUACAAGGGUGCAGUUGUUGUCGGUGUGAGAACUCUGAGUGAGGGUGGGCGGGUUGGCAACUUUUCAAGGGAACAGGUACACCAAUAUCCAUUUAGCAUUUAUGCUGUCUACUGAACAAUUUCCUAAAGCAUUCCUUUUUCAAUAUAAAACUAUUAUGUUUCAUUGUUGAAGAAUCUUGAGUCACAACUGUCUUGUUCACCAUGUGUUUUUUAUCCACAUAAGGUAUGGUUAUGUCUUGUGAUCAUUACUUCCAUUUUCUUCCCUCUUACAUGAAGGUAGUUUUUGUUCCGUCCUCUCUUGGAUCAUUAAUAUUGUUCUUUGCGGUUUUUGUCAUUUGGAGUUCUGAUAACUAUAAGAGAUGGGUUGUUUAACAUAUAGUUGAGAAGUUCGCUUCAAACAUGUAAUGCUUAGCUUUCGGAUCUCUUUUAUCAAAAAAUAUAAUUCUGUUUGAGUUCAGUAAAAGCCACAUUUUUACUGAACGACAGUGCAUUAAGACAGAUCAUUAGGAUGAUUGACUGCAGCUAGUGGGGGACAAAGUACCAGUUAAAGUGGAACCUAUGAUUGACCUUUGGAGUACAUUUUCCCCUUGUGCACUGAGCCAACUCGAAGUUGUUUGUAUAUUCUAGCAUCGUGGUUGUAAAUGAUGAACAUAUACUUCUUUUAUAUAAAUCUGUAAAAGUAAAUCAGAUAAAUACUUUUCCAUAGGUUUUUUUUGUGCCAUUUUUAAUUGGAUGUGAACCUUUGGAUAUCAACUCUCACUGCAAAAGCACUACUUAAAUUCGAAAUGCUUUUGAUGUACUUAUUUCUUGUUCAGUGUCGUGGAUGGUUCGCUUAUUUGUGAUACUCUCUUUUUGUGGCAUUGCUUUCUUGUAUAACCACAUUCUGUGAAGAGUUGUUCUGUUUCCCUUCUGAUCGUGAAAUUGGUCAAGCAGCUUGUAUUUAUUUUCACUUUAUUUUUCUUUUGAGAAUACAGCUAGGCAAAUUUGAGAAGAUACUGACUCAUUUUGAUCCACUGCAGGUAGAGCUUUUCUGUGUUAAUCAUCUGAUAAAUUGCUCCUUGGAGUCAACAGAGGAAUGCAUCUGCAUGGAAUUUCGGUUUACUUUAAGAGACGGUGGGAUGCGUGCUGCUUUUCAAUUACUUCAUAUGGUUCUUGAGGUAUGACCUUUUAAUAACUCACGCUUUUCUUUAAUUGGUAUCUAUCCAGACGAAGUGUUACUGAAGUGAUUUUCAUGUAUCUUUCCAUUUAAUGCAGUAUGCCAAGUUCCCUUACUGAAAUGUCUUAGAUGUACAUACUUGGUAUUGAUUAUUAAUCCGUUUUCAGGUUUGUAAUUGAUAAAUAAAAGUAACGCAUGGAUUCAACAAUUUUCCUGAAACCAUUUUUUCUAUUCAAGAAUUUUUUCAGUAUAUUUCUUAGAACACUUUGCUCUCCUCUCUAUUGUGUUUAUGACUUUAGCUUGAUAUUAUGCCCAAUCUGGCCCUAGAGAUUCGACUAUUAUUAUUUUUGAUUGCAAGAUUUGUAUUGUUAUCUUCUACAAUUGGUUUUAAGUUUAUGAUUGUUGGUGGAAUGCAGCACAGCGUAUGGUUGGAAGAUGCGUUUGAGAGAGCAAGGCAGCUGUACGUGUCAUAUUACCGUUCCAUUCCAAAGAGCUUGGAACGUUCUACAGCACAUAAACUCAUGUUAGCAAUGCUAAGUGGUGAUGAGAGGUUUGUCGAACCAACACCACAAUCAUUGCAGAGAUUAUCACUACAAACAGUUAAAGAUGCAGUGAUGAAUCAGUUUACUGGAGGCAAUAUGGAGGUCUGUUAGAGUACUUCUGACGUUAAGACAAAAGACACAAGUUGAUAUGAAUAUCCAUCAUGUGUUAGAGUCCAUGUACUAUGCUCUUUAUGUUGCUUUGAAGCCUGCAUGUAAGUUUCAUGUAUUUAAUGUUAUCACUGAGAGUUUUGAUUUCAUUUCACGUUAGGUGAGCGUCGUUGGGGAUUUCACGGAGGAUGAGAUUGAAUCUUGUAUUCUUGAUUAUCUGGGGACAGUGAGGGUGACAGAAAAUGCUGCCAGUGUACUUGGUGUCCAUCCAAUUACAUUUCGAUCGUCUGCAUCUGAUCUUCAUUUUCAGCAGGUACAAUCUAUUUCUAUAUUGUACCGAUCCAUUCUUUACCUUCUAUGUGUUUUUUCUCCCCUACGAACUGUGUACACUGUUGAGUAUUGAUGUAUUUUUUAAAAGAUGAACUCCUGAGAGGAUUGUAUAUUUGUCACCACAGAUCCUAACACAGUUUAUUUGCUAAAAGUUGCCAACUCGAGAUGCUGUACUGCUCUUUCUUGUUCAUUGUUGAAGGAAAUUGGCUCUUCUUGUCCUAGGUGAAGGAACGUCUGUAAUCCUAUACAGGACAGCCAUCAAUUGGAAUAUUUGUGCAAUUGGAUUUCAUCUUAGUAUUUGGGAUGGAAGUUCACUGGAAAGUGCUAUCUUCCGAGUAGAUUCAAUAGCAUCCAGUAGAUGCCGAGACACUAAAAUAGGCCUUUUUCUCAGCGAAGAGAACUUAUUCUAGAUGUACUUCGGGUACCAUAGUUUGUGCCCCUCAAUAAUGAAUUCUAUGUCCCUUGAUGCAUAAUGGAUAAUAUUUGAAACGGAAAUAUUGUGAAAAGUGUAUUUGUAUCAUCAAAGGAGGGAGGAAAUGAACAGUGAUGAAUCAGAAUUUUGGAGGUGGAGGGUGACAUGAGAUAAAAGAUACAAUAAACUAAUGUUGGUUUGUUCGUCUUCUGGAGUGUGUUAUCAAACCACACAAUUCAUUUUUCAAACUUGUAAUUAGCAUGAAACAUAAUAGAGGAUGCCAAAUGAGACUGCGAAAGAUGGAUUGACACUCUUGGACUGCACGAAAAUGAUAAACAUAUGAAAAUUAUAGUUGGUGGGAGAUGAUUUCUCGAUUGAUUAGACUUGGGCCGGACGGAAAGUAGACUAGCGAGAAAAAAGAUUUUAUUAAUCAUUUAUUGUAGUAGUUCAGUAUUUAGUGGACCUACUUUCGAGAGAAAAAAGACAACCUUUGAGGUUGUAUCCCGGGUAUAGCUUCUAUAUUUUCGAGAGCAUGAAGUAGAACCUCUGAAUUCUUAUAAUGCCGUUAAAGCACAUAGGGAGCUAAGUUUUUUGGAAAUUGGAUCUAAUAGGACUUCAGAAUCCUUAACGCACGCCAAAGACAAAAGCGUCCUACACAGACUUAAUGAAGCAUGCAAGUUCUGAUGGGCUUUGAUGACUUCCCACAUGUUUUCCGUUGUAGUGCAAAACCAUUUGACUGCAACAAAUGCAAGAUAAUUCAAUAAGAAAUCUCUACGGUUUUAUUUUUUUUUCCUUUUUAGUGUUGUUUUGUGUGCAUGUAUGCGAGGUGCCAGUAGAAUUGCAUGUUGUACCUUUAAUAUUUAUGUCCAUGUGUGGUAGUGUAAUUGUCAUAACUGCUCCAAAAGAUUGGUUGUGCAUUGAUCAUCGUUCCAAGAUCGUUUGAAAACAGCAGAAAAUCAUAUUCCUCAAGAUUUUGUCCAUUAAUAGGUAUUCUUGAAGGAUACCGAUGAGAGAGCAUGUGCAUAUAUAGCAGGCCCUGCACCAAAUCGGUGGGGAUUCACUGCUGACGGGAAAGAUAUGUUUGAGUCUAUCAGCAAUGGCUCAGUUGUAACUGGUAAACUCCAAUCUUUUUUAACUUUGAUAAAUACAUGCUGUUUUAGAAUGCUAUUUUCUUGUACUGAGAUUUAUUGUUACGGAAUGGUAUAUGUGCAUUUUUCAGAUCUCUGCUUAACGUAAAAGUUAAGAUUAUAUUUACAAUAUGUACUAAAUAUUUAUUUAUUUAUAGGUCAUCUAUCAAGUACCUUGGUGAUUUUAUGUUAUGGUUGUUCAUGCGGUCUAUGUGCUAGUUGGCAUCAUUGAACGGCCGGGGUACACUAUCAUCAGCAUGCUCUCUCGUUCAUGUUUUUCCUUCGAUACUAUGCCAUUGAGAUCUCUUCUUCCCCUUUCUCUAUAGAGGGUAGCCUGCUAUCCUGUUAUGUUUGCCCACUAGCACCAAUUACAUAUUGGCUACUGGUAACUUUCUAUUGGGUACCAAUUGAAUGUCUGUGGUAUAAUCUUCUAAAGACAAUCAUGCUUGGGGUUUUGUACGUCUGAGUAGUCCUUUCCCAUGAAGCCUGGAGGUUUAAUUCAUAUCUAUUUGUAAAGGUAAAAUCGACAAGUGUCAUGAACACGAAUAUUAUAUUCAAGAGGUUUCACUUUUCGUUUCAUCAUCUUCCCACCAAUGUGACUUUCAGCAGGUUGCACUUGCAUAUUUGCAAAAUAUCAGGCCAAACACGAAGUUGAUUAUUCUAGAAUUCCGCCAGACUUCAGCUGGGAUGGUGUUCUAUUAUCAUGAUAAUCUGCAAACUUAGCUUCUUAUUCAGCUGCAUUUCCAGUCAGAGGGGAGGGGAACUGAUGCCCAGAGACAGUCUCUUGUAACACUUUGUUCAUUUCAAGUCUCAACAGGGCACAUUUGUUCAUUUUAAGUCUCAACAGGGCCCAUUUCCCUGUCGAAUGCCAAUUUUACUACUGUUUCAACUAGUUAAACGGUGCAUUGUAAUACCGCUGGAAUUAUCCUAUUAUCUGUGCAGUAUUUACUAUGAUGUUGAGACAUCCACAUAUGUAUCUGGUAGCUCUGUGAUAUCGUUGAUAAGUAAGUUAUUACAUAUCUCUCAACAGAAAGGAGGAAACUAUUGUUUUGUUGCUAGCAACUUGAUUCAUUGAAUCCAUGAAUUCUGUUGAUUCGUGUUCUUAUUUGAUAGAUUGCUAUCUUUCAAAACUGGCAUCCUAAUUUAUCAUCCACACAAAGGAAAGAAAAUGCAGCUUCAAAUUUUUCUUAUAUUUUAUUAAGACUUUGACAAUCUGGUAUAAUUUUCAGAAGUAGUACCAAUUUAUUAGCUAGAUUGAAACCGACACACAAUUUCUGUGCAGAUGAUCAAUCAACUUCUGGGGAGUCCCCUACACUGGAAUGGAAAAAUGUAAACAGCGGCCUUCAAAGAAAUAUUCGGUCUCAUCCUCUAUUUUUUGCUGUCACACUGGGGCUUCUGGCUGAGAUAAUAAAUUCCAGGUGAAAUUGCUUAGUAUUGAACUACAUUAUCUGCCCAUAGUAUCAUUUUUCACUUUUCUGAGGUGACAGCAAUGUUUUAGAUAAUGAAAAAUGAAAAUUAUAUUUAUAUAUGGAGAUGGCAACUGAUGGUCAUUUGGUAACAACUUUACCUUAGAUAUGCCGUGUGUGGAUUGUCACCUGUGGCUUAUCUUGUCCUGACUUCUGCAGACAUUGUGGAUGGUCGAUUUAUCAGUGACAAAUGAAUUUAGGUAGAUUUGAAUGGACGAGAUACUGAGAGGACAUCAUUGGGAUAUCAUCUCAGAUGUGGGCAGGAAUGCACGGAUCACCUAGAUAUAGUCCAUGUUUUCCUUUUUUUAACUUAACGUUCGGGAUUCCUGGACCUGUUGGGACUUUUGAAAUCGUUCUUCGCGAGCAUGUGGAUGCAUUUAAUUUAGUGGGAUUAGUUAGUACUAAUCCAUUUUUCUCCUUUUCUAUCAGUUUGUGUUUCAAGAAUAAGAGAAUUAGGCCAUAUUACAACUAAAAUCAUGAAUACAAUGUCAAAAGUGGCAACUGACUCAUUUAACGCGGGAGGGAUAUAAUGCUUAUGAAAUUAGUAUCCCAGGUUUCUUCUGAGAUUUAUACUGGUGAUGUUCAAAAGGGGCCACUUGAACUGCCAAUAAUGUUUAUUUGGUUGGUAAGGUGUACCCAUUGAGGGGGCUUCUAUCCUCCAAGUCGGCUAUAGCUACAUGGGACUUAUAUUGAACCUUUGACACAUCCCAUGGGACAAGGGCCGGCAAAAUAUGCAGGCACCAUGAAAUGGGUCAUGAAUGAUCAUUCAGUUGAGGAAAAUUGUGAUAUGCCUUUGUAGAGGCAUGUCAGAUGAACUGGGAGAUGGAUGUGGAUUAUUAGAAGAGGAAGCAUCUAGUGACGGACAUUUUGCUUUAACAAGAGGGGUAAUUGGAUAGGAUGAAUGGGCCAUCACUAGCUGCAUCAGCCUGAGGAGAGAAACCAGGACAUGAAAGAAACGCAAAUCUUGUUGAAGAGAAUGUUUCGCGGCCUCUUGUCUGCACAGAAGUGAGCUUGUUGUCCGCAUUGGUUACAAGCCAGGAAAACAGAAGCGAAAAAACAAUGCAGCAAAAGUAUGCUUGAUCGGUCAUAAAUAAUAAUCUAUGACUGCAUCGAACAAUUGUUGAUUUGACUAAUGUGCAUAGCUGAAGAACAGAGAGACAGACAUAGACAAACACUAACUCAAUUGGAGCUGGAAGCUAAUUGAGCAUGGUAUUUAAGGCCAAAUCAUGUUAAAUCAUUCUGGAUCAUUUUUAUUUAUUUUAUUCUAAAAAUAUGUCCUAGCUCCUUAAAGUAUUCGCAAUAUGCAAAUAUGUACCUUUAUUUUUUCUGAUGUGAAACUGAGAUCGUAUGUCUGUCUCAGUGGGUUCCAUUGGAUUGGACGUCCAUGCAGACAGAUGCCAGACUACGCCUUAUCAUUUAUAAUGGUCUUCUAGCUUGGUUAACAUUGGCAUAGGCAAACUUUUAGUAAUUGUGACCAACUACUAGCCUUUGCAGCUUCGACUAUCGUGCCAUGCCAAAGGGCUUUUAUUCUUAGCUUUUGUUGGAUGAACGUACGCCAAAAGAUGUGAAUAUUUAUGACAGGCUAAUGAAAAACUUGUGUUGCAUUAUUCAGGUUAUCACCCAAGAAAUUGCUUAGGAUUCAAGUUUGUCUUGUUUCCUAGGUUCAUCAUGUUGGCUGAUGGAACAACUGUCAUUAGCCUCGGUUAGGGUUAUACAAUUCAUUUAAACUAGUCCCCAUGUAAAACGUGUCAAAGACUUCUGUCGUUAAAUUGAAAGAAGGGAUAAGCAUAUAUUGGUGCAACUAAGAAAUAUGUAAUAAAUAGAAUGAGAAUAGGUCAUCACUGUUUCCCACUAUCCACAUUCUUUCAGCGGCAUCUUGAGCCUCUACCUUCAUUUUCUCUUGCAGGCGAAAGUUCUAGGUUACAGAACUGAUUAUCAGCCCAGGUAGGGCCCAUCGGCAUUUAACUCGUUCAUCCACUUCCCUAUUCUUGGAAGAUGGUUCUUUCUUUGCCAUCUGACACAUCUCUAUUGUUGAAAUGAUUUUGAUUUACAGUAUCUUGGGAUUAUAAAAGUUCCUUUCCAGUAACUCAUCAAGUCUUAAUUUUUCUGUCAUCACUAUUUGUAGACUUAUUGAUCUUGUUACUUGCCGCACCAGUUACUUCAUUUGCAGUCUCAAUAAUUCACAUAAAGCUUAUUAGAAGGAAUAUCAUUCUAGUGGGGGAUACUGAAGUCAUCAUUUUUUCAGCUCAUUCCUUGUGUGUCGUUAUUCUUAAUCAUGCUCACAUAAUGUUCACUUUGCCAUUUAGUUGAUUCACAUCUGAUUUACUGUUCAAAUCAGGUACCAUUGCUAUUUUGGCCAUUUAGUGCAAGUCUCAUGUGAAAGAUGCAAUGCUUUGUGAAAACUGAAAGAUCAUUUCAGUCUGUCUGUUGCCAUCAUGCUCUUCUUGAUCUAAGCUGAAGUAUUCCUUGUCUCGCACACAGCACUCCUAGUAUCUUACCUCUGUUUCUUGCCAUCAUUCUCAUUUAUUAUUAUUUGCGGGUCUCUCAUUUUCCGGUUCAAUUCCAAAAACAAGCUUGAUUAUAUGGGGGUGUUUCUGCCUACCAAAUUCCUCUAAAAGACCUGGAAUCACCAACCCGUAAACGCAAUGAUACAUUUUAAAUACACUUCAAAUUGAUGAAAGAUAAAGUCUGCCAUUGAGGAUGAGGCUUUAUGAGGCAAGUAACUCAGUUUUUAGUUUAAAAUAUCAUGAAAGGGAUGUAUAUGUGCACUUUUCUCUUAAGAAAAAAUCCCUUAAAAGAGUAGUGACUAACACAAAAGAUAAUAGUUUUCCUAUUGUAUAAUACUUUUGGUUGAUAAAUGUUCGGCCUUAGGCAUGCUUCUUCUUUUUCCAGUUUCUAAAACAUGAUUUAGUCACUGUUCUUUCUGAUACCAAAACUCCGAUCCUCUUUGAUUUUACAAAAUAAAUAACGUCACAAGGCCCAGGCUGCUAGUUUAUAUGCUUAUAUGCUCCACUAAUUUACCUGCCCUUUUACCAUCUUGUGUGCCCUAUAGAACGCCUCCAGAAAAUCGGCUGAGAGUAAUAGAUCAACACAAUAUAUUUGGUCCUCCAGCCAUACAACCCUUGGUCAGGUAUGUGUGCGUAGAGGCACCCCUAUCUGUCGAAAUGCUAAAGAAGUUAUCACUUCUGCAUAGACUGCAAACUCAAGCAUAAACGUCUGAGUGGAAAAAGAGAUAAGGUUAGUCUAGCUUCUGUUCUUGCUUACGCCAAACUUGUCCCUGAUACCUGUAUUUGCAUGCAUCUGAAGAUGUUAGCACAGUUCAGGUCCGACUCUCACUCCUUUAAUCCUUAACCAAACCGUCACCAGGUCUCAUGGGGUUUUCGUUGUCUUAAACUGAUCAUGAUCUUCAUUUGUACGUGGUUUAGCAUGAUAUAAGUAAAACAUUUCCGUGACCUGUAGGCGGGGAUGGAGAAGAGAUGAAAAAGGGAAAGAUCAACAUGCUCAUAAUGCACACCUUUAUGUGGUUCAGAUUACCCUGCUUUGAUGGCCGCAAUGAGCCCAGUAUGUAGAGAAAGAGUUGGUUUAUAUAAGAGAUGAGCUAACUAAAUAUGAGGAUGAUAGGGCAAGAUAUCCUGGCUAGCUUAGUGCCUUGGAAAACAGACUCCAUAGUCAACAUAUCCCCCUGAAUUGGAGCUCUAACAUCUGCUUUUGCCGAUGGCUAAGUCACGAUCAACAUCUGUCCUGCCAGACAUUCAACUGGUGUCAACCUUGUUUCUGCUUUGGAGUUUCCUGGCGGGCAUCCUAUUCCUGUCCUGGGUCCUGAAGAUUGAUGAACAUGGAAUAAAUUUCAAAACAUCUAAGUAGGGAAACUUAUAUCCAUGAUUAAACAGUUCAAAGCAGUGGACGCUUCGAAACAUGAAAAAGGCAGCGUUUCCCUACCUUGAUAGUUUCACGUGUCAAUUGACUGUCUCACGCUCUUCUAUUGACAUCCAUGGAAGUGGUAAGAUCCUAUAUAGACUCGCAUGAUAAUCUCUUGUGAGGUUACCCUUGUUGCCUAAUUUUCCUUGUUACCAGUGGAGUUUUGAAAUUUACUUCAGCUGUGACAUGACCCCUUAGCCAAGAGAGGAGCUUUCUGUCUGGAAUGACCAAUGUAAAUUAGGCUCUUGUGUAAUUCCCGCAAAUAAAUGCUAAAAGCUGUGUACUCUCUUGCAUUCACAGACGCUAAAUUAAGGAUCCCAAAAUAAAACCAGAAGGGUUCUUGGUUUGGAGACCCACCCAGGUUGUCAUGAAAACUUGUGCGGUGGAAACUGGAGCAUGCUUUUUUUUUUUGGGUUCUUCUUGUCAUUCUGUAGACGUCUGUCUUUACGCAACUUACUACCUACAGCUACCUGUCAAAGUUUAGCCACUUUAUUUAGAUUGUUCUUCACUGCUGUCUGUGUAGAUUCUGUGAUUAUUUCUUUUCUUGUUGUGCCUUGUAGCAGGAUGCUUGCAUGUUUUCCCCUCAUUUUUCUUCGGUUAAUCUGUGAUUAUGUGAAAAUAAAAAUUCCAAUUUAUUACCAGUUUCAUGAUGUUGAUUCUAUGUUAGUGUGAAUUAUCCUCCAAAGCCAUUGUAAAUCUGAAUGUGCCAUGGGAAUUUCUUGUUCAAAACACAGACUCUUCACCACAGUCAGGGAUUCGUUAGGUUUGACAUACGAUGUGUCCUUUGAACUGAGCCUAUUUGAUAGGCUUGAUCUUGGGUGGUAUGUGGUCUCAGUUACCUCUACUCCAAGCAAGGUAUGGUUGCAAGUGCAUAAUCCAUUGUUGUCUGGUAUCUACCAUUAAUGUUUUAAUGUCGUCCUUGCUUUGAUCCUACUGAAGGUUAACAAGGCUGUAGAUGCAUGCAAGGGUGUUCUCAGAGGUUUACCGAGCAACAAAGUUUCCCAGCGGGAACUUGAUCGGGUAACUACUCCCUCCCUCCACCAUCAUCCCCCCUGAAAAAUGAAGAAGAGUAUGCAAAAAUGGCCCUGGGAAGCAUGCAUCCGAAUAUUUCAUGCAUAUGCAUCAGUUGGAACCAGAUUCCAGUAGCUCUUGGCCCGGCUUUUCAGUUUGCAGUUUAGAUCGUUGCAUACUGAUUUAUUAACUGCAUUUUUUGAGGCAUUUUGAAGGAAAAUCUUUUUCAAUCUGGUGCUUGCUUGCGUAUUAUUUUAGCGACACUUGCAUAUAUAAUCCCAUCAGUUUAUUAGGAAUCAUGGUGAACUUGAGUCAUAAUGUCCUCAAAGCCGAUCCUUGUUCUUAUCCCUUCUAUUUCCUUUGAAUACUAACAGGCCAAAAGGACUCUUCUGAUGAGACAUGAAGCCGAAACCAAGUCCAAUCCUUACUGGUUGGGAUUACUGGCGCAUUUGCAAGCUUCUUCUGUUCCAAGAAAGGUGAAAAGGGUCGACAUCUUGUUGAUUAUUCUUCUACGCCCUCCCUUGUUAUGUAUGAAUUCACCCCAAAUUUUAGGGCAUACUUUUAUUUUCUAAGAACAGCUGGGGGUAGCCGUCGAUUUUCCCUCUAAGCUGAGAGAUUCAGUUAUGUAGACCUUCCUACCGCAGUUUCGUUCUUAGGAUUUGAUACUGUUAAGACUAUUUCUUUUUGGAUUGUACAACUUGUUCAUAACCUAUUGACUCUAAAGACGAUGGCUCUUGAUGGUGUUUUCCUUUUGUGUAUGGAAUUUAGGACAUCUCGUGCAUCAAAGACUUGAUUUUUCUAUACGAAGCCGCCACCGUUGACGAUAUACACGUCGCCUACGAGACUUUGAAGGUUGACGAGGAAUCUUUGUUUGCUUGUGUCGGAGUUGCCGGGAACCGAGGCGAAGAGGUUGCCGGUAAGAUGUCCAUGCAAGCAGCCUAACUAAAGUAAAUCUAAAUUUGGGAAUCUUUGUGACGGCAUGAUGAUGAAUGGGAUGCCCAUUUCUAAGUUGGGAUCGUUUAGUGUCCACUCACCCUGACAUCUAAUGCUUCUACCUGUGGUAGCGGCUGCUGAAGAGGAGGAAGCAGAGAUGGGGCAACAUGGGAUGAUCCCAGUUGGGCGUGGGCUGUCGACAAUGACACGACCCACAACAUGA